AUGAAUGGACAGAUGUGGACAGGAAACGAGUUAUGAAUGACAUCAUCACAACCAUGUUCAAUAAAAAAUUUAUGGAAGAGCUGUUUAAACCACAGGAACUCUAUUCCAAGAAAGCUCUGCGAACAGUGUACGACCGGCUCGCUCAUGCUUCGAUCAUGAGGCUGAACCAGGCAAGCAUGGACAAGCUGUAUGACCUUAUGACUAUGGCUUUCAAAUACCAAGUGCUGCUGUGCCCUCGGCCCAAAGACAUUCUGCUGGUCACAUUCAAUCACCUGGACGCGAUCAAGGAUUUCGUACGUGAUUCUCCUGGCAUUCUGAACCAGGUGGACGAAACUUUCCGACAGCUGAUUGAAACGUACAGCUGUCUUUCUGCGGGUGAAUUUCAGCUCAUCAGGCAAACCCUUCUCAUUUUUUUUCAGGACAUGCACAUAAGGGUCUCUAUCUUUCUGAAGGAUAAAGUGCAAAACUCUAAUGGUCACUUUGUGCUGCCAAUAUCAGGGCCUGUUCCUUGGGGUACCGAAGUUCCAGGGCUCAUCAGGAUGUUUAAUCGCAGUGGAGAUGAAGUUAAAAGAACUGAGUUCACCACUGAUGGAAAUUAUGUUACUCCACAAAGGGAAGGAUCUUUUGAUCUUUAUGGAGACAGAGUCCUCAAACUUGGAACGAAUAUGUACAGUGUUAGUCGGCCAGUAGAGACACACAUGUCAGGAUCAUCCAAAAACUUGGCAUCCCAUGCAAAGGAGAAUAUAACCCCUAACCCUCUUGCUAAAGAAGAACUGAACUUUUUGGCCAGGCUGCUGGGAGGUCUGGAGGUCAAGAAACCUGGUGGCAGCGAGACAGGAUUCCGACUGAAUUUGUUCACAACUGACGAGGAGGAAGAACACGCGGCAUUGACUAGACCAGAGGAGUUAUCUUACAAGGUUAUCAACAUAGAAGCCACGCAG